GUAUAUAUGACGCCGACGGCCAGCAACUAUGAGUUUUUCUGUGUAAAGACUUUUACUCGGUGCGGACACACAAAUACGACAGACCCCUCUCCGACUCUCUCUCUCUCUCUCUCUCUCACGAUUCAGAUUGAUUUAGAUGUCGGGUGGGGGAUCUCAAACGAGUUUGAGAAAAGCUCUUGGAGCCAUUAAGGACAGCACCACUCUCAAUUUGGCCAAAGUCAAUAGUGAUUAUAAGGAAUUGGAUGUAAAUAUUGUUAAGGCCACUAAUCAUGUUGAGCACCCUGCAAAAGAGAAACACAUGCGAGCUAUAUUUGCAGCCAUCUCUGCUACAAGACCUAGAGCUGAUGUUGCAUAUUGCAUCCAUGCUCUUGCAAGAAGAUUGUCAAAGACACACAAUUGGGCAGUUGCUUUGAAAACUCUAAUUAUUAUUCACCGAGCCUUAAGGGAGGUAGACCCCACAUUUCAAGAAGAGCUUCUUAACUAUGGAAGAACUAGUAACCAUUUGCUCAACUUAUCUCACUUCAAAGAUGAUUCUAGUCCAAAUGCAUGGGAUUAUUCUUCCUGGGUUCGGACUUAUGCUUUGUUUUUGGAGGAGAGACUGGAGUGUUUCCGUGUCUUAAAGUAUGAUGUUGAAACAGAACGUCUUAGAACAAGAGAUUUAGAUACUCCAGAGUUGCUUCAACAAUUACCAGCUUUGCAACAACUUCUAUACCGUGUGUUAGGUUGUCAGCCACAAGGAGCAGCAGUUGAUAACUUUGUGAUUCGUUUGGCACUUUCUAUGGUGGCUUCCGAAAGUGUCAAAGUGUACAAGGCAAUUAAUGAAGGUUCACUUAAUUUGGUUGAUAAAUUUUUUGAGAUGCAAAGACAUGAUGCUCUUAAAGCUUUGGAUAUAUAUAGAAGGGCUGGCCAGCAGGCAGAGAGAUUGUCUGAGUUUUAUGAAAUAUGUAAAAGUCUUGACAUGGGACGUGGUGAGACGUUUAUUAAGAUUGAACAGCCACCAUCAUCAUUCACACAAGCUAUGGAAGAAUUUGUAAAAGAAGCUCCUCGUGCUUCAUCAGUUGACAGAAAACCAAAAGGAAUUCUCGCCAUAGAACACAAAAAAGUGGCAGAGGCGGAGGUGGAGGUGGAGGUUCCGGCCAAACUGCCGCCAUCACCGCCAGCAGAACCACUACUGGAGCCUGAGCCUGAACCAAAGCCAGUUAAAGUGGAAGCUCAUGUUGCUGAAGCAACACCGGAUUUACUGGGUCUGAAUGAUACUCUUCAAGAAGUCUCUGAAUUAGACCAGAAGAAUGCUAUGGCUUUAGCUAUUGUUCCAAUGUCUGAUGAACAAGGGUGUGGUGCUCCAAUUUCAUUUAAUGGAAGUGCAGGAUGGGAAUUAGCCCUUGUAACUAACGAAACCACUGCAUCUUCAAUCAAACUGGGUGGAGGGCUGGAUAAACUUACACUUGACAGCCUGUACGAUGAUGCAAUGAGAAGAAGCAACCAAAACCAGAUCCAGACCCCAGCAAGUUACAACCCGUGGGGCCCACAAGGUUCCAUGAUGGCACCACAGACUGGACCGGACCCAUUUUAUGGUUCGACCAUGAUGGCUGCACCACACAAUGUACAGAUGGCAGCCAUGGCUCAGCAACAACAAAUGAUGAUGCCACAACACGGUUCAAACCCGUUUGGGAACCUGUAUCCCUGCAACCCGGUUCGACCCUAUGAUCAAUAUAAUGGGCUUAUUUAGAAUUAGUUAUUAUUUUUACAGAAAAAGGAGUUGGAAGUGUAGGUGAUUGAUAUAUAUAUCUUGGUAUACACAGACUAUACUGUAGAAUCGAAUAGAUAUCUUUUAAGGUUGAAGAAUAUUGGUUUCUAUUAUGUACCUGAUUUACAUUUCACAUGAUAGAACUAGAAAGAUUUGUUUUUCUUUUGUA